CAUACCAAAGGGUUAUCUUUUCUCUCUCGCUCGGCGUGCUGAGAGAAGAUCCGUGGUCUCUCCUUCGCUCUCCCUUAUCCCCCUCGCUGAGGGUGUCUUGCCUGAAAAAGGAAGAAAGAACAACUUUUUAGUGUUAGGGAGGUGUACCAGUCAUGUUCGGGCGUGCACCACCAAGGAGUGAUAACACCAAAUAUUAUGAAAUUCUUGGUGUUUCAAAAAGUGCUAGCCAAGAUGAACUCAAGAAAGCCUAUAAAAAGGCUGCAAUCAAGAAUCAUCCAGAUAAAGGUGGAGAUCCUGAAAAGUUCAAGGAGUUAGCUCAAGCCUAUGAAGUGCUUAGUGAUCCUGAAAAGAGAGAAGUGUAUGACCAGUAUGGUGAAGAUGCCCUUAAAGAUGGAAUGGGAGGAGGAGGAGGUGGCCCAUUUCAUAAUCCAUUUGAUAUAUUUGAGUCAUUCUUUGGCGGUUCAGCCUUUGGUGGUGGCAGUAGUUCGCGUGGAAGAAGAAAGAAACAUGGUGAAGAUGUGGUGCAUACUUUGAAGGUUUCUUUGGAGGAUCUAUACAAUGGCACCACAAAGAAAUUAUCUCUUUCUAGAAACGUGCUUUGCCCAAAAUGUAAAGGGAAAGGUUCAAAAAGUGGAACUGCAGGGAGAUGCUUUGGAUGUCAAGGUACUGGUAUGAAGGUUACAACGAGGCAGAUUGGACUGGGUAUGAUUCAACAAAUGCAGCAUGUCUGUCCUGAUUGCAGAGGAAGCGGUGAGGUCAUUAGCGAGAGAGAUAAAUGCCCCCAGUGCAAAGCAAACAAAGUCACUCAGGAAAAGAAGGUGCUAGAGGUGCAUGUUGAGAAAGGGAUGCAACAGGGUCAGAAGAUUGUGUUUGAAGGACAAGCUGAUGAAGCUCCUGACACAAUCGCGGGAGACAUUGUUUUCAUCGUACAAGUAAAGGAGCACCCCAAGUUCAAGAGGAAGCAUGACGACCUCUAUGUUGAGCAUAACCUGAGUUUAACCGAGGCACUCUGUGGCUUCCAGUUUGUCAUCACCCAUAUGGAUGGGAGGCAACUCUUGAUCAAAUCAAACCCAGGGGAGGUUGUCAAGCCAGGUCAAUAUAAAGCAAUAAAUGAUGAGGGGAUGCCACAUCAUAACAGGCCCUUCAUGAGGGGCCGUCUCUACAUCCAGUUUAAUGUCGAUUUCCCAGACUCAGGGUUCCUCAACCCUGACCAAUGCCGGUUACUAGAAACUGUGUUACCUCGGAAGCCAAGCAAACAGUUGACAGAUAUGGAACUGGAUGAUUGUGAGGAAACCACUCUGCAUGAUGUCAACAUUGAGGAGGAGAUGAGUCGAAAGAAGCAACAGCAAUAUCACGAGGCGUACGAUGAAGAUGAUGACGAGCCAUCAAUGCCUCGAGUGCAGUGUGCCCAGCAGUAAUAGGAAUUUACGUUUACCUUUAUCCGGUUAGAAUAUUAUGUGUUGCUAUAUCCGGUUUGCAUGAUGCAGAUAUCACCGUAUCUUAGGGCUCUGUUGGUGAUGAACUGAUGAUAUUAUUUAAUGUUUUCCAAACAUUUCAGAGUUUAUCUAAAUUUUGCUUUAAUGUUUAGCAUAUCAGAUAAAGGUUAUAAAUGCUUUGUGUUGUUC